AUGAGCUUCCUUAAGUACAUCGUUGUUCUGUCCCUGAGUUCUUUUCUCAUCAUUCAUGCUCUUGCAAUGUUCAACGAGAAUGAGGUACCUACAAUCAAGAAGAGGCUCAGCAAUGACGCUCUGAUCCGGUUGAUCAUGAGAAAUCAACACAGUAUGUUCACAUCGAAAAGGGACGAAAAGAGAGCGGAUUUUGAUCGCCGAAGCGUUGACGACGAUUUCUCGAACUGCUUUCUUUCUCCUGUACAGUGCAUGCUGCCUCGGUCGAGGAGGUAG